AUGGGGAGGUUUGCGUUCAUCUCACUUUGCCUGGUUGAUGUUCUCGUCUGUUUGGGAACCGGGCAGCGACCUGCAAACGCACGUGUUGGACCGUGGAGACACCGCAUUCAGUGGGAGAAUAACGGCCAGAGGUACAGUUUAUUGAGCACGGGGACGCAAUAUCGCCCACUGACAGACACCAGGAGACGCACACAGCUCCUACUAACAACUAAAAACACCUUGACGCGCGCCGGCGCUCCUCCUGCGCUCAGUAGAUCCGCCAGAACCAGAACCGGAGACCAGGUCGGGGAGGCAGUCAUGGGCCAAAUCAACGUGUCAGUCCUCGGUUCAGAUGCGAGUCACUACUUGAUCUCCUUGGGGCGACCGGGCACGUCCGGUCAGUCCCCACCGCGCAUCACCGGAGAAUCGGUGGCUCAGCGACACCGGCCACGACCUCCGUCCAACGACAGCGCCGUCGCCGCGGUGCAGGAGUUCUCCGGGAGCGGAGUCCCACGAGGAGGCCGGAGCGCGCUUGGAGGGGACGCCGGUGCGCGGCGCGCCGCCGCUUCACCGGCGAGUUUGCCGGACUUUACGCGCAGCCGCGGGGGGCGCGUGGGAUCUGAGCGCUCGGAUUCGACGGCGCGCUCGCCCGCCACGUGGAACAUUAUGUCCGAGGACAGCGGCAACGCCACGGGCGACGAGCAGCAUCCGAGCUCAGGCGAAGCCCGCGGUGCGCAACGCGCGCACUCGCUCACCAGAGCGGCACCGGCGCCCGACGUCUCCCCCACCGCCCUGUCGAGCAACGCCGUGGACGCUCAUCCAGGGUCGAGUGCGACGCGGACUACGAGCGCAAGUAACCCGCGGGAUCCGCACAGCAUCCAUCACAGGAACUCGGUUUUCUACAACGUGUACCCAGGAGACCGCAGAAACAGGAUCACUGCGGGGGUUCCGAGCCCGGGAUACGGCACGAGGUUCUUCCACAACGGUGUACCGGACCUGGUUCCCGACCCUUACUACAUCCAAGCCGCCUCCUACAUCCAGAAGGUGCAGAUGUACGCGCUUCGCUGCGCUGCGGAGGAGUUCUGUCUUUCCAGGUCCGCGUACGAUCCCAGCGUGAGGGACCUGGACUACAGAGUCCUGCUGCGCUUCCCACAGAGAGUCAAGAACCAGGGAACGGCAGAUUUCCUCCCUGUGAAACCCAGACACGAGUGGGAGUGGCACAGCUGUCACCAACACUACCACAGCAUGGAGGCCUUCAGCAACUACGACCUGCUGGACGUCUCCACUGGACAGAAGGUGGCGGAGGGACACAAGGCCAGCUUCUGUCUGGAGGACACGUCAUGUGACCCGGGGGUCCGCCGCCGCUUCGCCUGCACGGCGCACACGCAGGGCCUCGGUCCCGGUUGCUACGACACGUAUCAUGCAAACAUCGACUGCCAGUGGAUCGACAUCACCGACGUCCCGCCCGGGAACUACGUCCUGAAGGUGACGGUGAACCCCUCUCGACUCGUCCGGGAGUCGGACUUUUCCAACAACGAGGUGCGCUGUGACGUCACGUACACGGGAAGCUUCGUGCAGACGAGGAACUGCAGGAUCACUGCAAGCUGACGGGACUGAAGGCCAGCGCGUGUGACCGUCUCGCUGCUCCGUCCUGCAGCUGCUGGAUCUUUAUAAUAUAAUUUAUAAUAUCUGCCAGGCUGGGUGUCAUCUUAACUUAUCGUUUUUGUAAGAACAAUUUGUUGAUUAAAUUCACAAAUCUUUACAAAAAGGGUGUUUAUUUGUUCUGUUUGUGCAUUUGAGACAUGUAAUGAAUUAUUACCAGCUUUUUUAAUAAAGGUUAAUGCCAACAUUUAGAAACAAACCUGCCAUUAACACCCGACGCCUGUUUCUUUCUCUCCACACAUGAAUGGCCUCUGCGGAAGUGAUGGGAUCACUUGGACAAAUAUUUCACCACGUGAUGUCAUCCCACCGCCCGUUUUAGCAUCCUUCCAUGU